UUAGGCCUUAAACAUGUUGAAAAGUGGGUGGAGCUUUACUCUACUUUCGAUUUUAAAUGAGAGAAAUUCGACGAUGAAUCCAAAGGAGAACAAUUGCGAUUCCUGUUUAAGAGAGGAAAUUAAAGUCAAUUAUACUGUCUACUGCUAUGAUUGUUCAGAAAAGAAAUGGUAGAUUUACAUAUUAGUCGUAUAGAUAAAUGGCAACAGCAAAUAAAGUUUUUGUUCGUGAGGAUUACUUUUAUUGUAGCAUAUGUUUGGAGAUAUUUAACACACCCAGGACAUUACCAUGUUUACAUACAUUCUGUCAUUCAUGUUUAGUCGGAUAUAUUCAAAAGAUUCUAGAUAAACCUGGCAAGCAGAAGUUGUUUUGUCCUGUUUGUAGGGCAGGUACGAAAACUGAUAUCCUUCAGUUUAAACAUGUUGAAAAGUGGGUGGAGAACUUACCAAUAAACUUUACUCUACUUUCGAUUUUAAAUGAGAGAAAUUCGACGAUGAAUCUAAAGGAGAACAACUGCGAUCCCUGUUUAAGAGAGGAAAUUGAAGCCAAGGCUAUUGUCUACUGCUAUGAUUGUACAGAAAAGAUGUGCGAAGAAUGUAAAAGACACCAUAGGAAAAGUAAACUAUCAUCAAAUCAUAAAUUAAUUGACGUUAAAGACGGAUGUGUGGAAAAAAUGGAUUUGUCUGAACUCGAAUAUUUCUUCAACCUUUCAAAAUGUCCAAAGCAUGGUUCUGAGGAUGUGAAGUACCUUUGCAAAGAUCAUGAUCAACUCUGUUGUAGUGAAUGUGCCAUAGUUACACAUAGGAAGUGUGAAGACUUGGUCUCGCUUGCUGAUGAAGUGAAAGGCAACGAAGAAGGAAAUAAUGGUGAAUCUGACAUACAAAAGAGACUUGGGGUUGUUGGUGAUUACACUGGCAAAUUGAUUGAACACGAGACAAAGUUCAUCUCAGAUCUGAAUACAAAAGAAACCGAAGUCAAGAGCUGUCUGAAGGAUUUUAAAGCAAACUUAGACAACGCCUACAACAAACUUGAGAAGAGAAUCCUGUCAGAAAUGUCAACAAGAAAAUCGGCAUUAACAAAGGCCAGUUCUUUACAGAAAGAGUCUGCAGAAAGGCUGAAAGAUAAUAUUAGGCAAUCUGCUGAAAAGCUGAAGAAAGCAUCUAAAUUGGGAACAGCGAGGCACAUUUUCCUGCUUAAAAGAGAAAUGGGGAAAGAUAUCGAGGUAUAUGAGAAAACAUGUACAGGACUUCAACAGCAGUCGAGCACAACUUUACUCACCAUUGCUGAGGCUAGUCCACUACAAGAAGCUGUUAAAGCCGUUCAUAAUUUCUUCAAAGUAGAAAAAACGAUGACAGAAUCACUCCCACCUUUCAUGAUGAGAGGAAGAGACUUUAAUGAUAGAAAAAUUACUUUAAUGAAAACAUUUGAUCUACAAAUGAAUAAACAGCCUCGAUAUUGUCUAUGGAUCGAAAAUUCUAUUGUAGUGGCUUUUUUUUCUAGCACGACAAUAAUCGCAUAUAAUUCUGAAAAUGGUUCAAUUUUAUCAUCUUUCGGAUGUUCUUCUCCACCAACGGAUUUAGCAACUUUAGAAAACGGUGAAUUUGCUGUUGCAUUACCAACGUCGAACAAAAUUGAUAUACUGAAGAUUCACAAGAAUCAGAUGUCGUACGUUAGACUGUUGGUGAAUUCAAAGUUAGAACUGACCGCUUACAGCAGACGGAACAAACAGUUGCUGGCAAUGUCAAGAUCGGACAGGAUGAUAAGGAAAUUUACUCUUGAAGGUAGAAAUGCUGGAGAAAUUAAAUUUAGUGGUAUCAGUAGUAAUGACAUAGGGAGCGCCUAUAACAUUUACUUCGAUGACGAAUACAAUCGCAUUUAUAUUUCAUCACAUAUGGGUUCUGGUCCACUACAUUGUGUUGAUGAAUCUGGAAAAUCAGAGUUCCAAUAUAAAAUCCAAUGUCCAUGGUCUGUUAUAACAGACAUUGAAGGGAAUGUAUAUGUCGCAAGUUAUAGUAAUCACUGUAUCCAACAACUAAAUCGUGAGGGACAGUUGCUGAAGGAGAUUGUUUCAGCGGAUAGUGUCCAAUAUCCGAUGGCUAUGUCAUUCAAUAACCAAAUGAACAAAAUGGUUAUAACGUGUGAUAGUUCAAACAAAAAAAUGCAGAUAUAUCAGUUUGAGUAGAACUUGAUGUUGUGUACCUUGUUCCAACAGUAAUAAAUUGGUAUCAAAGCUAUUGUCUGCUAGUAGGACUGUUCGAAAAUAUUAUGUAAAAACUAAGUUUUAUUAUGAAUACGAACAUAUGUAAUGUUUAAACUUACACUGAUUAUGUACAAUAGAAAUUGUAACAAUAAAAUUGUCAAGGUUAUGCAAGACCAUAUCUAAUGUUAACAGAAAGAUUAAAUCUAGUGAAAUUUUUGUCAAAUUAAUUGCAAUGACUGGACUAGGAGCUUUUACAAAUUUCGAACAGUUACUGUCGUUGGUCAACUAUAGUAGAUAUAAAAUGAAGUAAUAGUAGCCACCGCGUUUCUUUGCUGAUCUGAAAGUUAUUUCGUUAGAUAUGACAUAUGCAAAUUUUUAUUAGUUUGUUUCUUGCAGAAGUUAGUUGAAAUUGGGAGAAUUCAGGAAGACAGACUUUAACAAAUACUUGUGUUCUAAUCAGCCAAGAGCUUAAACGAUGAACUAAUAAAAUUAUUGAACUGAA